GUUUCUUCUCCCCCUUUCUUAGCGAUUACAUUAGAAUCUCCGAUCCUUCCGUGAUCCUCGUAAUGGCUACGUAUACAGCUGACGACGAUUACGACUUCCUCUACAAAGUGGUACUAAUCGGAGACUCCGGCGUCGGCAAAUCCAACCUCCUCUCUCGAUUCACACGCAACGAGUUCAGCCUCGAGUCCAAAUCCACCAUCGGCGUCGAAUUCGCCACCCGAACCAUUCACGUCGACGACAAAAUCGUCAAAGCUCAGAUUUGGGACACCGCCGGUCAAGAAAGAUACCGAGCGAUCACUAGCGCAUACUAUCGAGGAGCUUUAGGAGCAUUACUUGUCUACGACGUUACACGGCACGUGACUUUCGAGAACGUCGAGAGAUGGCUCAAGGAGCUUAGAGACCACACCGACGCCAACAUUGUUAUCAUGCUCGUUGGGAACAAGGCUGAUCUGCGUCACCUUAGGGCUGUUUCCAUGGAAGAUGCUACGGCGUUUGCUGAGAGGGAGAAGACUUUCUUUAUGGAGACGUCUGCAUUGGAAGCUUUGAACGUUGAGGAUGCUUUCACUCAGCUGCUUUCUCAGAUAUACCGUGUGGCUAGCAAAAGAGCUUUGGAUGUUGGUGAUGAUCGGUCUGCUCUCCCUAAAGGACAGAGUGUUGAUGUCGGGUCUAAGGGAGAUGUGUCUGAGGUUAAGAAGAUCGGUUGCUGCUCGAGUUGAUCUCAGUUGUUAGAGGAACUAUGUGGUUUUGAGUAAAUCUAUGGAACGGAUGAUGAUUCUCCCUUGUCUCGUUACUUUUGGUGUAAGCUAGCUUCUCGGAUCCUUAUAAAUGUUUUAUCUAUGUGUUACAUGAUCAUAUUAGACAAUCUAUAAACCAUUUAUCCCUCUGGUUACAUAUUGGGCAGAUCAAGAACCUGAAGUUUCUGUAUAGACUUUCCAAAAGGGUUCUUUUUUUGUUUGGACAUUGUCUUUGUUGUAACUAAGCCGAGUAAUGAAAAUGGUUUAGAUGUGUA